AUGAAAAGAGAUGGACGUCCUGGAUGGGAUGUAUUUACUAUCAAGGAAUUUAGAAAUUGGAGAAAAGUUCAUGAGGGAAAAAAUUGUGCCUUUUUGACUCAUAUUGGGGAGGAUCCUUGUUCACCUCAUAAUAAUGCUAUGAAAUCUUGUGAGAAUUUACGAAAACAAUCACGGCAUAUCGAUAAAGUAUUGAAUGCACAAAGUAUCGAACAAAUUCAAAAUAAUCGACUACGUGCGAAAACUUCUAUUGAUGCUGUUCGGUGGCUUGCAUUUCAAGGAUGUGCUUCUAGAGGUCAUGAUAAGACUCUUGAUUCAAAAAAUCAAGGUAAUUUUCUUGAGCUAAUUAAGAUUUUGGCAUCAUAUAAUGAUAAAGUUGCAAGUGUUGUUUUGGAAAAUGCUCCAAAAUCUGCGAAGUAUACUUCACAUACAAUUCAAAAGGAGAUUUUGCAAGUCGUUGCAAGUAAAGUGCAAGAGAAAAUUCGUGAAGAUAUUGGAGACUCUAAAUUUUGCAUCAUUGUUGAUGAGGCACGUGAUAAGUCUAAGAGAGAACAAAUGACAAUUGUUUUGAGAUUUGUUGACAAAGAUGGUUUUAUACAAGAACGUUUCUUUGAUAUAGUUCAUGUUAAAGAUACAUCGGCAUUGACUCUAAAGAAUGGAAUAUCUGAUGUUCUCUCUCGUCAUUGCCUUGAUAUUCAAAAUAUCCAUGGUCAGGGAUAUGAUGGUGCUAGUAACAUGCGUGCAUUAGUUGCUGCAUCUAGAGAGGUGUCUCUUGUUCAUGUGUUCUUCACAAAUUUGAACUUUGUUAUCAAUGUGGUCAGUGCUUCAUGUAAACGUCAUGAUCAACUACAAGCUGUUCAUGCAACACAAAUUACACAUAUGGAAGCUAUUAGUGAGCUUGAAACUGGAAAAGGGGCUAAUCAAAUUGGCACUUUGAAACAAGCUGGUGAUUCUCGUUGGGUUUCGCAUUUUCAUUCUAUUUGUAGCCUAAUAAGGAUGUUUGAUGCUACUUGUACAGUGCUUGAAGAUGUUGAAAGAGAAGGAGGUACUUACUCUCAACGAGGAGAUGCUAAGGCUGCUUAUAAAAUGCUUACAUCCUUCGAGUUUAUAUUUAUUUUACAUUUAAUGAAGGAAAUUAUGGGCAUUACUGAUGUUCUUUGUCAAGUUUUGCAGCAAAAAUCUCAACACAUUUUGAAUGCUAUUAAUUCAGUUUCUAUUGCAAAAAAAACUUAUCCAAAAGUUGAGAGAUGA